UUCACGAUAAAAAUAAUAGUCUCCUUCUAUGAUUUUUUGAACUCUGAACUCAGUGUAAACUAACUGCAAUUGAAUAGCUAGACGCUCUCAAAACAUCUCUGGGAGUUCAAGUUUGUAUAAAACAUGAGCUGGCCAGAUAAAGCAGUGUUUUUUCCUCGUGGCAACAGAGAAGGAUAGUAUCGCUCGAAAUUACUUCCAAUGGCUUCAAGCUCAAGAUUAUUUUUGUUUAUCAAGGAGUUGCACUGUUUGUGUAACAACAGUGAGGGCUCGCAAAUGCUUUGUUAAAGUAAACAUCUUGGAAGAACCCAGGGUUUUAUAAAAUACUAAUCAUGUUAGAGAGUUAUAUCACUCCGCUUUUGAUGAGCUACGUCGACAAGUACAUAAAGAAUUUGAAGCCUUCAGAUCUUAGUUUGUCUCUAUGGGGCGGAGAUGUUGUCUUGUACAAUUUAGAACUAAGACUUGAUGUUUUGGAAAAGGAACUACACUUGCCAAUAACAUUUCUCAGCGGGAAGAUUCACAAGCUGCAGAUUCACAUCCCAUGGACAAAGCUGGGAUCAGAGCCAGUUGAGAUCACCAUCAGCACUUUAGAGUGUGUUGUUCAGUUGAAAUAUCCAGAUCAUAGCCCCAGUGACCAAUCGAGUAUGGCCUCUGAAGCGGCUUCAACAACAGGUGAAAAUGUAAAAGAAGACCUUCAAAAAGUAAUGGAGGGCAAAGAAGAGGUCCCUCCUUCUGGUUAUGUUCAGAGUCUUGUCAACCGGGUGAUCAACAAUGUAUCAAUUUGCGUUAACAAUGUUAUAUUGAAAUACUUGGAGGAUGACAUUGUUUUGUCCUUAAACAUUAAAUCAGCUGAAACAUUCAGUGUAAACAGCAACUGGGAGAAAGCUUUUGUUGAUGUUGUUGCUCCUGACUUUUUGCUUCAGAAAGUAUGCAAUAUUUCUGAUCUGACCAUCUGUCUUGAUAAGCGAAAUUCCAGUGGAAAAAUAGAGCUUUACCAAGAUCCACUAUUGUACAAGUGUGGUCUAAGCUGCCGAAUGAUGUUGAAGUUUGACAGCCUUCUCAGACCCAUUGAAACAAAGUUUAAUGUGUAUUGUGAGUCUGCGGACAUUUCACUCACAGAUCAACAGCUUCCAAUGUUUAUGAGAUUGGCUACUCUGUGUCUCAGUCUAUAUAUUGGAACUCUAGAUUUGCCAGGUUCUGAGUACAAACCGCACCCAGCAAAAAAGAUAGUCGAGCAACAAGCCAUUUCUAAUCCAAAUCUGAGUUUUACAUCAGAACCACAAGAGUUCUCUACUCAGACAGGAAACCAGCAAAACCCAAAUGAUGAAGAUUGGGUUAACUGGAUGUGGUCUUUGGUUCCCAAUCUCACAGAUGAUCAGUCAGCCCAGCUUGCAACACCUCCACCAACACCUUUACUGCUCGCAGGAUUUUAUGUUUCUCAUGUGACAAUCACCAUCAAGUUGACGGGAAAGGUCAGUGAUGGGAAUUUUUUCGGUGGACAGAGAUUUGAAUUCAAGCCUAUGUUGAGUUUUGAAUUGUCAGGAGGAGCGGGUGAGAUUGUAAUGAAAGGAGAUGAGUUUUUCGACGCUCAGCUUGGCGUAUCAUCCAUUAUGGGGUGGUGUAUUGGUGACUGUGUUUGUCGAAGUUUGGAUGUCUCUUCAUCAAAAGAAGGAGUUGAGGCAGAUGAUAAGGAAGAUGUUUUUAUCACCAUUGCAAGUCAUAAGGAGGAUUCCUCUGAUUCAUCAGGAUUUCUUACAGGUUCCUUGUUUGACAAUGGAGAAAGAUCUUCGCUAGAGAUUCCUGACCUGACAUUUGAUGCAGAGGAAUUUCUAAAGGUACACAACGAGAACCUUGCCCUCAGGAGAUAUGGGGCUUUUUUUGCCGACUAUUUGUAUGCAAUGGAAAUUGAACCAGAGAGGGAUCAGGAUACUGAGGAGAACCAACUGGAAGGGUUAGAGGUUUUUGGUGAAAUACGAGUUGUAAAGGAGAUGUCUUUCAAACGGUUGAUUGUGGGCCCAACACAUUUACAGCUCUCAACAAGUAUGAUGCAUAGAAUGGAGCUUGUUUUGAAGCUGUCAUUUGAUGAUAUUGUUCCAAGAAAAGAGAAAUGUGAGCCAUUUUAUGAUGAGUUCAUUGAGAAACAGCUUCUGGCAGGCAACAUUCCAGCUCAAAAUUCUAGCAUCACCUUGGUGUCAUUUACUGCUACUCUACCAGCUGCUGACCAUGGAAAGAUGCCACUUGGUCCUCCACUGCAAAACACAAACAGCACCACAGAGCUACACACAGUCUCCUCACAGCUAUCAUUACAGAGCAUCCCUGAUGUUGAAGAUACUGAUGCUGUUCACAAAGUGGUCUGUAUCGUUCAGAUCAGUAGAAUUGAUGUCCAAGUAACAGAACCGAUGUACCCAACAGAACUUACUAAACUAGCUAUAGCAAAUGCAGAAUACCCUGCUGGGAAAGCCAUGCUUAUGUGCACAUACUCUGAUGUGUCUGCCCAGUUUUUUGGCAUUCAAGUCAGUGUGACGCAGCUUCAGUCCGAUGUAACAGAUAUGCCUCUGGUUAACAUUAUUCCACCACUCAGUAUGGCUGGAUCAUUAAGAUUUUGUAUUUUGCCUGAAUCUUGGGGUGGAGCAGACCUUCUCAAGAAAGAGGCUCAUGUGGAAGUCCCAAACUUGCAAAUUCUUUUGACAAAGCCUCAGUUUGUACUCAUGUCUCACAUUGCUGACUCAUGGGCAAGCAGCUUGACAAAAGAAGGAAAAAUGGCUCCAAUUUCUAGAGCAGUUGUUGAUUGUGUGUUCUAUGAUCCUAAUGAUCAAGACUCUGUGGGAGGCAUACAGCCUGAGUUGCAGUUUAAAGUUUCAAACAUCCAAAUGCAGUUUUGCGAGACUCAGUCUGUUGUUGGCGCUAGUGGUUCAGUGGGAACUGUUUUUGCCUCUCUCAAGUCCUGUGACUCUGGCACUACUGAAACAACGCCUUUAGUUAAGGGUCCAUCAGACACCUCGGAAAUGUACACAGGCAAUCUCUUUCGGUCAGCACAUCUGCAGGAGAACUUUAUUGAAAGUACAGAACCAGUUCUAAGCUUCACUGUACAGUUACCCCAGGCUGCUUUAAGGUGUGGUGACCCUGUGGCACAACCAGCCCCACCGAGUGGUGAUCAGUUGAGCGGUAUGGUCCUGUUUCAUCUGAAGGGUAUCACAGCUUGCCUUGAUCCUCUGCUUUACAAGUGGAUUUGUUACAAGUCUCCUGCACCAACAGUAACAUCCCGCCACAAAGCAGAACGAGAGAGGACUAAGACGACUCGGCACCAGUCUCUCCCCAAAACUCCAUCAGCCACCACCCCCAGAAAGAAAACAUUUGCAAGAGGGUAUGGUUCUGUUGCCUCUCCAGCGAAAGAAGAAAAAACAGGUAGCAAACAAGACGAAAGUCCAACAAAACAGAGUCCACCAAGUGAAAGCCCACAAGAAACAGUGGAUGGAAGAAAGAUGUUGGAGAAUUGGUUAUUUGACAAGCUUUCCUUCAUUACGGCAAUGGAACUCCAGGUCCACAUCAAGAGUGCUGUACUGUUCCUGCCAGAGAAGCACAUUGCCCACGAACUUGAAACCAACGAUAUUGCCUGCACGUUUUCCACUCAAUCCUUAAAAACGAAAAACAAUUCAUUUCCACCCACGCUGGUCAUUUGUCUCCCAAACUUUAAACUUCUUAGUGCAAAUCACAAACCCAUGUCCGUCAGACAGUCCCUGCCAGUAAAGACACACCACAAGGACGCCACACGACGAGAAACGCUCCCGUGGACUUUAGAAGCAGAAAAUUUAGCGGUGUACUCAGUGUACGUUAAGAAAAUCCCAUCAGUGAAUGGAAGGGAUUAUCAACCUGUUGUGCAUUAUUUACUAUCAAAAGUGUCUUCCACCGCUGUACUUGCAUCAGCUCGAACAUCAUCGGUGCCUAGCUCUCCUACAUUGGCCCCGCUUCAGUUUCUUAAGCCGAGUGGCGCGGUUGGGCGAAGGGUUUCCACGCUUGGAUUUUGUGUUCACACAGAUUUUCAGCCAAUUGAAGUCAGCUGCUGUGGGAAGCAGAUGCAGUUAGUCGCCAACUUGUUGGAGGAUCUCCUCUCAACCUGCUUCUUAACUUCAACAUCUUCCGUUUCCGCUGACACUACUUCCGGUAUGCCGACAUCCGUUACCCAUACUACCACCCCAGAUAUGAAACGGACAACUUCCUUGACUUCAUCAUCCUGUCUGGACCAAGUAGAAAGUGAGAUCGCACCAACCGAAAGCGUUUCUUCAACGACCUUUUCACAAGUUCAACAGCCCUCUAAGUCCAUUCGAGUUUCGCUGUGGCUGCAAUGGACUCUUCCUAGAGUCGUUACUAAUCUAUACAGUCGAUCAGCGGUCGAUCACUCGGCUGUAUGCGUCAGUGCAGAGCUGGAGGAUCUAACAGCUUCAGUUGAUUACAGUGACGCCAUGCUUCAGAUGCAGUGCAAGAUCGGAGCUUUUAAUGUUUCGCACUUCAUACAAAGCUCUGAUGGUUUCUGGGAACUUGGUCUUUUCAACGGCAUAUUGUUAUCCUGUAAUGAUAUAAUCUCCUCCAAAUCACUCUUCACGUCAGCAAGGCGUCCGUCCAGCGGUCGCCGAGAGAAUUCAGGCCCAGGGGCGCACGGCUUUCUCACGGUCAUGUACAAACGCUCCUCCCUUCACUUAAAGAGACGCAGGUCGUCUUCUUUGGAGAGGACUGGUAAAGAGGAAGACCAGUACAAAGACCAGCACGAAAUACACGUCAAUAUUCAGCCGUUUGAUGUCGUGUUGUGGUGCCCAGCUAUCGUUUCGGCUCUUAACAUGUUUGAUUUAAGCUUGUUAGAGAAGUUUCGAUUUUUGUCUGAACGCAAGACCGUCGUAGAGAAGACAGAAAGCGUGUUUCUUCCGAAGAACGACGAAGAAGGAGAAAAAGCUGAAAGUGUCACGGUUAAUGUCGAACUCUUACCACUUCUUUUUGUCAACAUGAGAAAUCUGAGAUUGUUCAUUCCGAGUUUAUUAGUUGGGAAAGAUCCAAACUCGGCCCAGGGAUCGGCAAGAAUUCGUUCACAAGAGGACAUGGCUGUAGUUCAACUUUCAACAGUGGCUGUUUCUCCUCACCCUGACAAUCCAAACUCCAGAAAAGUUUUGAAUCGCGAGUUUUACGAGAAGUUUCGUAAAUUCGGUCGGAGCUCCAGGCAAGCUCUGGGAUACGACAUCCACGAUGUACAGUACCAGAUUGACCUGUGCGGGUUUGGCGUGUGGACGGGGAGCUGGGAACAACUUUGCGGGAAACAUAAAAAUGAGAAUGACCAGGAACUAGUUGGUAUUGCUGUGGACCAGAAUCCUGCACUGGAGUGGAACACGCAGAUGUGAGAUUAACAGUGUCUGAAAGAAUCCAAGUCUGUGGCUGGUCGCUGGAGUUCAAUUUCGUCACAGAUGUAGAUUGUUUUCUUAACAAGGCACAGAUUCAACUGCUUCAGACUCUUUCCGCGGAGAAUCUGAAAACCCUGUCUGGUUCUUUAAAAAUGCCUUUAAAUGAGAGCGCCAAGACACCUUCUGACUCUUCUGUAGCCCGGAGCCCAGACCAUGUUUUUUUGCAAAGUGUUGACAGAAUCGACAGCGGGUUCGAAAGCGCACGCAGUAAUCUGUCUGCAAAAUUUAGAAAAGACAGGAGCGGAACUUCAAAAUUCCCUUUGGAAAAGGGCUCGUCCAACACCUAUAAACCACCUGGAAAUGAAAGUGAAGUCCCGUGGGAAGUCUUUGUUACCGGUAGGAGACUGACAGCAGCAGUUUACUCUCAAUUUCUUCUGGAUGAUAAACCUGCGGAGAGGGUUUUUACCUCUAAACAAAAUUUACCGGUUAGGGACAAAUCUAUCCAAAUCAAACCUGUUUUACGAGUUGAACUGGUUCAUCCUGCUCUGAUCGUAAACACACAGUCUAGUGAUGCAAGGAUUCAGGUUUCCUGUUUUGACAGCAGCAUCACUGGGCCUUCUACUGAAAAAGUGUUCAAGCCUCUGCCCGAUCCAGCAGAUUAUCCUGUGGAUUGGCUUAAAAGUGGAGUUGGUCUCCCCGAUCCUCACAGUGGUAUUCUACCAUCACUUGUGACUGUAGACAUCACAGAUUUCCGUUGUGACAAAGCUGAUGUGUUUGUAGAACUGGGUCGUUCUCUUCAUCUGAACUUAAACCUUGAAAUGGCUGAACAAAUUAAAGAAUUCCUAAACGGCCUUGUCGUUCCAAGCGAGGAACAUGUAGAAGCCAAGGGUAACCAAAUGAGAGCGUCAGGAAGGACCCUUUUCUUUAGGUCCUUUUGUUUGAGUACCUCGGGGAUAUUUAUUCAUCUGGAGGCUCCUCCAAUUCCUGGCAAACCCAAACUGCUCCUCAGUGUGCUUGGAAUCGAGUCAAAAGUCUCUCUCAAAUCUGAUCAGCAAGGAAAUUUAAAACGAGCAGACACAAGAUUGCAGUUACAUGGAAUGGGUUUAUCUACCUCAGUUAACGAUAGAUGCCGUUCGCUGAUUCAUCCAUUUAGCAGCACUUUCGAUGUAGAGAUGGUUUGGGAGCCACACAGUCGCGAUCUAUAUGUGCAGAGUGGCUGCGGUGUUCCUCAGCUUUACGCAGACAUGGAAGCUCGAUUCGUACAGGUCGAUGUUGGACAAGAGCACGUGACUUGCCUCAGUCUCCUCGCUGAUCUCGUUGAGAAGGUUACCAGUCUAUUCACAGUAAAGCAGGAAACAGAGGAACCUGGUAUUCAUAAAAGUGAUUUUUCGCCCGAGAAACCUGAGCGUGUUGUUCUGUUUGAGUCUUUUGAUGAUAUUCGAGCUGGUUGCUUGAGAUACAUAACUACUUCAGGGGAGGAAGAGCUGCAUCAUCCAGAGCCGUGGGAAGUUGUGUUUACCUCAGACUUUAGUGAAAGACCUCCAGCAAUGACUUGGAGGUACCCCGAGCCCCGAGCAUUGUCCGCGGUGGAUAUGGUACCCCUGCCUUUGUCGACACCUGUGUUGGUUAAUACUUUAAACAUGGGCGAUGAGUAUCAGGUACCGUGUGUUCUUCGGUAUUGGGAUCCAACUCAGAAAUGUUUCAUUACUUACAAAGAGUUCACCCUGUCGGAGAAUAAUGCUACCUACAUUCCACUCCCUGAUCCAUCUACAGCCCACCCCGCAGAAGUAAUUGUCGCUGCUGAGUGGCAGAUGGUAGUAGAUGUAAUGGUGGACAUUGAAUACCCGGAUGAUCGAAGCCACGACGGUGAUUUUGACGUAGCGUCCUCCUAUGCGUCCCCGUACCGGUCUCUACUGAGUGCCGCUUCACUCGCAGCUUCUGUCAAGGUGAACUCAGUUGUAAGGCCGGAUCUUAAUCCCGCUCUGUCAGCUCAGCUGAAUAUCAGCAUGUUUCAAGUCAAGUUCACUAACCACCUGCACGCGAUCGGCCGAGCUGUUCCUCAGUAUCUAACACAGUUUACUAUGGAUCCCUUUCUUCCAACGGACCAAGAAUUUUUACUUCUGACCGUCGAGGGGCUUAGUGGUGUCAUCAAGGAUGUUGGAGGGACGGGAGGGUUCCUACAAGUUCAGGCAGAAUGGAACUGCAAUGCACAGGUGCUGGAUUAUGGGGACCUUACCUACAGGCCUCUCUUGAGCCCUUUUGAUGUGGGGCUUACUGUGGCCUUGUAUCACGUAGGAAGAACUAUGCCUCCCAGAGCCAAAGAUGCUCCUACGGCUCCCCCUGUUUGGAUUGAUGCUAGUCUAGAGGCGGGAACAGUGUUGGCACAUGUCAGUCAAAGUACGAUCCACACAAUCGCACUGUCCACCACAGCUUGGGGUCAAACUGGACAGAAAGAAGCUCAGAGGGUUAUUUUGAACCAUUACGUUAUCUGCAAUGACACCAACGAGGCUCUUAGAUUUGGCCAGGUGGACACAGACGAGUCACUGUUGUUAAUGAGUCGUCACGUGCAUGCGUACAGUUGGCGAACGCCGCAUACUGUGAAGGCCUCCCCCAGGCUGCACGUGUGUAUCGAGACCGAGAGAGACUGGCGCUGGUCAGAACCUUUUGAUAUUGAUACUGUUGGCGUGUUUAGUCGAACUAUUCAUCAUCGUUUACACAGCGCAACACUGUUUAUUGAAGUUAAACAGCUCUCUGGCAUGCAGAAGCAAAUUAUCAUUCGCGGAAGUCAUAUAAUUUUCAGUCGCCUCUCAAUCGAUGUUGGCGUGCAGAUUCUUACCAACCCCUCCCUGAACACUGAAGAGUCAUCCAAGGCCCGUUACCAGGUUCUUGAGGAUGUCUCCCUGCCAGCCAACACAGCUUUGCCAUCUUACGUCAUUUCCCACGGCGGCCUCGCAGGCAUGCGCAUUCGUAUUCCUAACGAUACCACGUGGUCUGAGGCGUUGCCGUUGGAGUGUGGUGAUGAAGAGAGUAACCGGCAUAAUUGUAUUGUGCAGCUUCUCGGAGUGAAAGAUUUCCAGACAUUUUAUUUCUGGUACAACUUAGAGAAACCUGGAUCUCCUGAUCAGAUAAAGGUGACGCUAUCUCCUCUGUUUGUUAUGCGGAGCCAUCUCCCCGAACCAGUCCUUAUGAAUGUACUCACGGCCAAUACAAACUCGGCCUCAGUUCUUCAACUGCAAGGCCGAGCACGUGAACAACAUAUGUAUAGCUUGGUUCCGAACUCGUGGCAUCAGCUGACAUUUCAAUUUACUGGCUCAAGUACAUGGUCCAGUCCCUCUGUGCCACUGAAUACCACACUGAUAGAAUUAGCCAAUAGAAUGGACAAUAGCAACGCUGGAGAGGAAGACAGACCGCUGGCUGAUAUUUGGCCGUACUGCAAAUAUCAUCAGUAUUUUCGGCGCUGUGAUACUUUGUCUGAGGAAAAACCGGAGUCUUCUCUGGUGAAGAAUGUAUCACUUGGGGGUCACGUGGACGAGGAAAAAAAGCAUUUGGCAACCCAGAUAGAUACACCUUAUCAAGAUAUGCGUGCAAAACCUUCCUCAGUCCCUGCUAUUGAGGUGCAGUGCCGUGUGGUAAAACGCUGGCCCCAUCUCAGCUCGCUGUUGGUGGAAGUAUUACCAUGGUGUCUGCUGGUCAACAACGUUGCAGCACAUGUGAUUAUCAGGGAUCUGGAACGAGACGUUGAUGUAGAUUUGCCGAGUGGCUCAGUCUUGGCGCCUCACAGAAUCACGGGAAAAGUGAAGUUUGGUGCUUAUUUUGGAAACAAAGAUUGCAGUUGGUCCGAAGCAGUGUCUCUUCCAUCGGAUACACCCAGUAGCCAAGAGGCUUCCUCAAACGAUAUCGACGAAGGCCUGUCUGUUCCGAUCGCUUUCGUUUUGAGUUCGGGUGAAAUUCUUGGUGCUCGAUGGACCGUCACAUCUCGAAUGUGUCGGGGAAUCAAGAUCUUAUCGGUUGAGCGGAGAUUUCAAGUGAUAAACAAUUUUGGAAAACCUUUAAUGGUCCAUCCUGUUCUAGUGACCUCUGGCCAAAAGUUGCCAGUGGACAAUGUGACCCGAGCUACGGCGGUUUGUUUGUCAAACGAUCCCAAACAGUUCACACCAAUUACCACUUGGGACGUGCUUUCGCCCACAGCUGUGGUAUUCAGUGAAAAAGGGGAAUCUUCUUUUAGUGGCCAAACAUCUCCUGUGUUGUUUCUUGCCCUUGAAAAAGAGCAGCAGUCUUCAGCUAAUGAGGUGAAAGGCCGUAAAUGGUCACGUGCUGUGCUGAUCACGCCGGAAAUACCUCGUCAAUCUGUGGCAGUGUCCGUCGAUGAUAGCGCGACACUUCCUGUAGUUGUGACGUCGCACGUUGCCGACGGUAUAGUCAACAUUGUUAUUUCUCCAGAUCCAUCUCCCCGUCUGUUUCUCCAAAACGAUUGCCCCUUCACUCUUCAGUUUGGACAGGCGAUACCCCCGCAGAGCCCCAGCCACGUGAGCGGUUCUCCUGAAAAAAUAGUAGUCGUGGAGCAAAUGCAGGGACUGGGUGAGAUUCCCGUAAUCAUGGCCUUUAGUUCCACCUACUAUGAACUUCCUGUCAUGCGUGAAUGGUUCGCUACUACCAGUGAGGUACAGCGGCUUCCCGAACUGCACAUCCAAGCGUUGUACGACGUCAACGUGGCAGAAAUAUCAGAGGAAGAAGGUGAGCGGGGAGAGUUAGCUGCUGAGAUGACAACUGAAGUUCCUCAGGGGUGGAGUUAUGGCUUUGACUUGAACACUCGAAGAGAAAUGUGUGUUAAUUUGCCUGGGAGGGGACAGGUUCUGCUGACUGUAACUCAAGAAAGACUUUGUACAUAUGUUAAGGUUCAACCGUCGGAAGAAGAUUGUGCGAGGGCCAAUACAGUGCAAUGUGUAUCACCUGUCUCACCAGUCAUCUAUGCUGAUUUAUUCAUUUGUCAGUUAGGGGUGACGAUUAUAGAUGAAGUUACGAACUUCCGAAAUCCCUACGAAGUUUUCCGAAUAACUGCCGAAGGUAUCUCUGUGAAACAUACUGCGGAAGGAACUUUGAAGGAUGGAAGACAUGAUUUCCGGGACUUGUCAUUGUGCGUUGGAGCAGUUCAGGUCGAUAAUCAAUUGCAAGACGACGUGUACGAGUUUUCUGUGAUUCUAACACCAAGUAGCGCUCCAAUGACGCUAAAAAGAGUGCCGUCACAGCGAAAACCCGGUCAUCGCUCAAGAGCGAAGCCGCUUGUCAAUAUCAAAAUCGUAUACGAGCCUGGCCCGUGCGCAGAAGACACAUUUCUCAGUUCUGUGUGUGUUACUCUUCAACCGCUGACAAUGUACAUCGAAGACACUUUUCUUUAUCGUCUGGGGGACUUGGCCGUAUCAUUUCUGCCUCCUCUUCUUUACCUCUCGCCAACGUCAUCUAGUCACUUAGAGGCUGAUCGACAAAAAAUUUAUAACGCAGCGUGUUCAAAUGUUCGGCCAAUCUUAAUGGGAGAGCUGAAAAUAACUCCCGUAACGCUAAGUGUAACUCUUCACGGCUCUGCCAAGCUCUUUUUGUCUGUAGAUGAUUCUCCUCUAUCUCUUGGCCAGUUUCACUUGUCUCCAGUUUAUCUCCCAAGUUCCGCCCUCGUUCAGAAGCUCACUUAUCAUUACGUGACCGCAGCGCUGUUCAAGGCGGGCUGGGUAUUGGGUUCUCUUGAACUCCUCGGGAAUCCCGCAGGUUUAGUGAGGAGCUUCAGUCAAGGGGUAGCUGACUUCUUUUAUUUGCCAUAUGACGGGCUGACCCGCGGGCCUGGGGCGUUCGUGUCGGGUAUGUCCCGAGGCAUGUCGUCUUUUGUCAGGCAUCUUUCCACUGGUGCAUUGACAUCCAUCACAAGUCUUGCGUCAAGUAUGGCUCGAAACCUGGAUCGAUUAAGUAUGGAUAGCGAAUAUCUCCGACUGCUAGAGGAUCAAAGAUGCAGAAGACCAAAGAAAGUGCUAACAGGAUUAUCGAAAGGGCUGGGAGGAUUCGGUCUCAGUCUCCUAGGUGCUGUAGCGGGCAUAGUAGAUCAGCCCAUCCAGGGAAUACGACGAGCCAAUGAUGUCAGAGAAGCGGCCAGCGGUGUCAUUACUGGUGUAGGAAAGGGCCUCAUAGGUGUGGUUACCAAACCGUUGGGUGGUGCCAUGGAGCUCGUGUCACAGACUGGGCAGGGAAUCCUACAAGGGGCCGGUUUAACAGAGCUGCCAAACCGACUGUUUGAUCCGGGAGAAAGGUUGGCGUUUUCAGCGACAAACAGCCAUUUGAAAUACUUCUGGAAAAUGCUGCACAAUCAGUCAGAUCUUGAUCUUCUUCUUCACUUGGACGCAACUGUUGUGACGUCAUCUGGGCAGGACUAUGAUGGAACUGUGCUGCUGACCAGAGACACGUUAUUCAUCGUGGGCCAAGCCUCAGAUACCAUCCAGCAAACUCUCUUUAUUAGGGACAUUGACUUACAAGAGGAUGAAGAAGACAAUAGAAGUGUGGUCAUUGUAAACCAAGUAGUUAUCGCAAAGGACGAGAGCGAAGAGGUGGAUGGAGUGCAUGACAGUGGUGACCCAGACCGCUUGAGACAGUUCCUCAAAGAUGCGCGGGCUCAGGCAUUAGAGCAAAUGGCUACUCUGGAUAGCUCUGACAGUAAUUUUACUUUUCCUGGUCAGAAGUUUGUUUUACUGGUUGAUCCUAUGUUACGGAAAACGCUAAUGUUACAGUUUCAAUCGGCCAAGAAGAACUGUAUUUCAGACUCGUAGCUUCUCUGUCCUUAAAAGAGGGAUCUUCUGCUUGCUGGACCAAAAGUUAAGACACGAAUGUUACUGUGGAGAAAACUGCCGCGAAAUGAAAGGCCACAAGACUUACCACCAUCAAAACAUAAUUUUUCCCACGUAACUUUUUAAGUGUUAAUUUGUACGAGGGCUGAUUAGAAGUGUUCAUCUACUUAACAUCUAGAUGAAACAACAGAUGGGGCAAUUUCCAAAUUUCAGGCUUUUUGUUGUUGAUCAUCUUCAGCUUGGUACAUUUGUUCUUUACAGCAAAAAAUUUCGCGCUAUUAUGAAAUGUUUAAGAAUUGUUUCAUGCUUAGCGUGCGUAUAUCGGGUUAUGGAUGCACGCGGGGAGUUUGGAGAGCACGA